GGAGUGGGAGGUGGGGGGGGCACGAGGCGCCCUUCUCUCCCUCCCUCCCGAGGAGCUGCUGCCGCCGCCGCCGCCGCUCUGCCGCCGCCGCCGCCAUUUUGGGUUCGCUUUGCGGAGGGGGAGAAGAUCCCCGUUUUGGUUGUAGGACCCGCCUCCCCUCAGUUUCCCCUCUUAGCCCUACGCCUUUCCCUUCUCCUCUCUCACAUUUCUGCCAGUGCGCUCACCCGCCGUCCGCCUCCUGACAAGCGGGAGGGAUCUGCCGCGGACCAGGGGAAGCGGUGGAAGCCUGGUGGCGGCCGCCCCCUCUUCCUUACCUCCCUGCACACUCUCCCGUCCCCGGCCCCUGACACGAGAAAGAGAUGCUGUUUCCAAGUCUUGGAGAUCUCUGUUUUUUAUGGACCAUAAUUCUGUAACCUUUUCACACAAUUCUUUGGCAAUAACGUACGCUUGUGAUGGACCCUAGAAAUACUGCUAUGUUAGGAUUGGGUUCUGAUUCCGAAGGAUUUUCAAGAAAGAGUCCCUCUGUCAUCAACACUGGCACGCUGGUCAGCAAGAGAGAACUAGAGUUAGAGAACAGCACAAAGGAGGAAGAAGACCUUCACAAAUGGAAUCGGGAAAGAAACAUUGAAGCAGGAAAAGAUGAUGGUUUGACUGAAGCACAGCAACAGUUUUCUGUGAAAGAAACAAACUUUUCAGAGGGAAAUUUAAAAUUAAAAAUUGGCCUUCAGGCUAAGAGAACUAAGAAACCUCCAAAGAACUUGGAGAAUUAUGUGUGUCGACCUGCUAUAAAAACAACUAUAAAGCAUCCAAGGAAAGCACUUAAAAGCGGGAAGAUGACAGAUGAAAAGAAUGAACACUCUGCUUCAAAACGGGAUCCUUCAAAGUUGUACAAGAAAGCAGGUGAUGUUGCAGCCAUUCAGUGCCAGUCUGAAGAAAGCAUCCAUCUUCAUUCACAGGGAGAAAACAACCCUUUGUCUAAGAAGCUUUCUCCAGUACACUCAGAAAUGGCAGAUUACAUAAAUGCAACACCAUCUACUCUUAUUGUUGGCCGGGAUCCUGAUUUAAAGGACCGAGCAUUACUUAAUGGAGGGACUAGUGUAACAGAAAAAUUGGCACAGCUCAUUGCUACUUGUCCUCCUUCUAAGUCUUCCAAAACAAAACCGAAGAAAUUAGGAACUGGCACUACAGCAGGAUUGGUUAGCAAAGAUUUGAUCAGGAAAGCAGGCAUUGGCUCUGUAGCUGGAAUAAUACAUAAGGACUUAAUUAAAAAACCAACUAUCAGCACUGCAGUUGGAUUGGUAACUAAAGAUCCUGGGAAAAAACCAGUGUUUAAUGCAACUGUAGGACUGGUCAGUAAAGACUCUGUGAAAAAACUGGGAAGUGGAGCUACAGCGGUAUUCAUUAAUAAAGACUUGAGCAAGAAAACAGGGACUAUCACUACUGUAGGACUGGUGAGCAAGGAUUCAGGAAAGAAGCUAGGAAUUGGAAUUGUUCCAGGUUUGGUGAAUAAAGAAUCUGGCAAGAAGUUAGGGCUUGGCACUGUAGUUGGAUUGGUUAAUAAAGACCUGGGGAAGAAGUUGGGUUCUACUGUUGGCCUGGUGGCCAAGGACUGUGCAAAGAAGAUUGUAGCGAGUUCAACUAUGGGAUUGGUUAAUAAGGACAUUGGAAAGAAAUUAGUGGCUUGCCCUAUGGCAGGACUGGUCAGUAAAGAGGCCAUAAACCUUAAAGCUGAAGCUCUGCUCCCCACUCAGGAACCACUUAAGGCUUCUUGUGGUACAAAUAUCAGUAGUCAUGAAAAUCAGGAACUUUCUGAAACCCUGAAAGACAGUGCCACCAGCAAAACUUUUGAAAAGAAUAUUAUUCGACAGAGUAAAGAGAGCAUAUUAGAAAAAUUUUCCGUUCGAAAAGAAAUUAUUAACUUGGAAAAGGAAAUGUUUAAUGAAGGAACAUGUAUUCAGCAAGACAGUUUCUCAUCUAGUGAAAGGGGGUCGUAUGAAACCUCAAAGCAUGAAAAGCAACCUCCCGUAUAUUGCACUUCUCCAGACUUUCAAAUGGGAGGUGCUUCUGAUGCAUCUACAGCUAAAUCCCCUUUUAGUGCAGUAGGAGAAAGCAAUCUUCCUUCCCCAUCACCUACUGUAUCUGUUAAUCCUUUAACUAGAAAUCCCCCUGAAACUUCCUCACAGCUGGCUAAUACAUUACUUUUAAAGCCUACUACAGAAUUAAUGGAAGAAAUUUCUGAAUCUGUUGGAAAGAAUCAAUUUACUUCUGAGACUCCACACUUGAGCAUUGGUCAUAGGUCUAUAGGUCAUAUAAUGAGCAUUGACUGUAAAGGGAUUGAUAAAGAGCUAAAUGAUUCAAAAACUACACAUAUAGAUAUUCCAAGAAUUAGCUCUUCACUAGGAAAAAAACCGACCCUGACUUCUGAAUCUAGUAUUCAUACAAUCACCCCUUCAGUUGUUAACUUCACUAGUUUGUUUAGUAACAAGCCUUUUCUAAAACUUGGUGCAGUAACUGCCUCAGACAAACACUGUCAAGUUGCUGAAAGCCUAAGUUCUAGUUUGCAGUCCAAACCAUUUAAAAAAAGGAAAGGAAGGAAACCUCGGUGGACUAAAGUGGUAGCAAGAAGCUCAUGCCGGUCUCCAAAAGGUCUUGAACUAGAAAGACCAGAUCACUUUAAAAACGUUUCAUGUAGCUCAUUAUCAAAUUGUAAUUCUGAGCCAGCCAAGUUCAUGAAAAAUAUUGGAGCAUCUUCAUUUGUGGAUCAUGAGUUUCUUAAACGCCGAUUGCCAAAGUUGAGUAAAGCCACAGCUCCAUCUCUUGCUCUUUUAACAGACAGUGAAAAACCAUCUCAUAAGUCUUUUGCUACUCACAAACUAUCCUCCAGUAUGUGUGUCUCUAGUGACCUCUUGUCGGAUAUUUAUAAGCCUAAAAGAGGAAGACCUAAAUCAAAGGAGAUGCCUCAACUGGAAGGUCCACCUAAAAGGACUCUCAAAAUCCCAGCAUCUAAAGUGUUUUCUCUGCAGUCUAAGGAAGAACAAGAGCCCCCAAUUUUACAGCCAGAAAUUGAAAUUCCUUCCUUUAAACAAAGUCUCUCUGUGUCACCUUUUCCCAAGAAGAGAGGCAGGCCGAAGAGACAAAUGAGGUCACCAGUCAAAAUGAAGCCUCCUGUGCUAUCUGUGGCUCCAUUUGUUGCCUCUGAAAGUCCAAGCAAGCUGGAAUCUGAAAGUGACAACCAUCGAAGUAGCAGUGAUUUCUUUGAGAGCGAGGACCAACUUCAGGAUCCAGAUGAUCUAGAUGACAGUCAUAGGCCAAGUCUCUGUAGUAUGAGUGACCUUGAAAUGGACCCAGACAAAAAAAUUACCAAGAGAAACAAUGGACAAUUAAUGAAAACCAUUAUCCGCAAAAUAAAUAAAAUGAAGACUUUAAAGAGAAAGAAACUGUUGAAUCAGAUUCUUUCAAGCUCUGUAGAAUCAAGUAAUAAAGGGAAAGUGCAAUCCAAACUCCAUAAUACAGUGUCAAGUCUUGCUGCCACUUUUGGCUCUAAAUUGGGCCAACAAAUAAAUGUCAGCAAGAAAGGAACUAUUUACAUAGGAAAAAGAAGGGGUCGAAAACCAAAAACUGUCCUUAAUGGCAUUCUUUCCGGUAGUCCGACCAGCCUUGCUGUCCUUGAGCAAACAGCUCAGCAGGCAGCUGGAUCAGCUUUAGGGCAGAUCCUUCCCCCUCUACUGCCUUCAGCUGCUGGUAGUCCUGAAAUUCUUCCAUCACCUAUCUGCUCUCAGUCUUCUGGAACUAGUGGAGGUCAGAGCCCUGUAAGCAGUGAUGCAGGCUUUGUUGAACCCAGUUCUGUGCCAUAUUUGCAUUUACACUCCAGGCAGGGCAGUAUGAUUCAGACUCUUGCAAUGAAGAAGGCCUCAAAAGGGAGGAGGCGAUUAUCUCCUCCUACUUUGUUACCGAAUUCCCCUUCACACUUGAGUGAACUCACAUCUCUAAAAGAAGCUACUCCAUCCCCAAUUAGUGAAUCUCAUAGUGAUGAGACCGUUCCCAGCGAUAGUGGAAUUGGAACAGAUAAUAACAGCACCUCAGACAGGGCAGAGAAAUUUUGUGGCCAGAAAAAGAGGCGGCAUUCCUUUGAGCAUGUUUCUUUGAUUCCUCCUGAAACGGCCACAGUCUUAAGCAGUCUUAAAGAAAAACAUAAACACAAAUGUAAGCGCAGGAAUCAUGAUUACCUCAGCUAUGACAAAAUGAAAAGGCAGAAACGAAAACGGAAAAAGAAAUAUCCUCAACUCCGAAAUAGACAAGACCCAGAUUUUCUUGCAGAGCUGGAGGAGCUAAUAAGUCGUCUAAGUGAAAUUCGAAUCACCCAUCGAAGCCAUCAUUUUAUCCCCCGAGACCUCCUACCAACUAUUUUUCGAAUCAACUUUAAUAGUUUCUACACACAUCCUUCUUUCCCUUUAGACCCUUUGCACUACAUUAGAAAACCUGACUUAAAAAAGAAAAGAGGGAGACCCCCUAAGAUGAGGGAGGCAAUGGCUGAAAUGCCUUUUAUGCACAGCCUUAGUUUUCCUCUCUCUAGUACUGGAUUCUAUCCCUCUUACAGCAUGCCUUAUUCUCCUUCGCCACUUACAGCUGCUCCCAUAGGAUUAGGUUACUAUGGAAGGUAUCCUCCGACCCUUUAUCCACCUCCUCCAUCUCCUUCAUUCACCACACCACUCCCACCUCCUUCUUAUAUGCAUGCUGGUCAUUUACUUCUCAAUCCUACCAAAUACCAUAAGAAAAAACAUAAGCUACUUCGGCAGGAGGCUUUUCUUACAACCAGUAGGACUCCUCUUCUUUCCAUGAGUCCUACCUAUCCCAGCGUCCCUCCUGAGAUGGCCUAUGGUUGGAUGGUUGAGCACAAACACAGGCAUCGUCACAAACACAGAGAACACCGUUCUUCUGAACAACCCCAAGUAUCCAUGGACUCAGGCUCUUCUAGAUCUGUCUUGGAGUCUUUGAAGCGCUAUCGAUUUGGAAAGGACACUGUUGGAGAGCGAUACAAACACAAGGAAAAACACAGGUGUCAUAUGUCCUGCCCUCAUCUCUCACCUUCAAAAAGCUUAAUAAACCAAGAACAACAGUGGGUCCACAGAGAACCUUCAGAAUCUAGUUCAUUGGCCUUGGGAUUGCAGACUCCUUUACAGAUUGACUGUUCAGAAAGUUCUCCAAGUUUAUCCCUUGGAGGAUUCACACCCAACUCUGAGCCAGCCAGUAGUGAUGAACAUACAAACCUUUUUACAAGUGCAAUAGGCAGCUGCAGAGUUUCAAACUCUAACUCCAGUGGCCGGAAGAAAUUAACUGACAGUCCAGGACUCUUUUCUGCACAGGACACUUCACUAAAUCGGCCUCACAGAAAGGAGCCAUUGCCUUCCAAUGAAAGGGCAGUACAGACCCUGACAGGAUCCCAGCCAACCCCAGAGAAGCCUUCACAGCGACCAUCAGAAAGCACAAAUUGUAGCCCUACUCGAAAGAGAUCUUCAUCUGAGAGUACUUCUUCAACAGUGAAUGGUCUUCCCUCUCGAAGUCCAAGAUUGGGAACUUCUGUGGAUGACACUGUGGAUACUCUGCUUCAGCGGAUGGUACAGCAUGAGGAUCAAGAGUCCACAGAGAAAAAUAGUGAUUCUGUGAUUGCCACUGCUUCUGUACCACCUUCCUCCAGCCCGGGCCAUACUCAUAGCAAGGAGCGCAUCCUGGGUAAAUCAGAUAGCCUUCUAGUGCCUGCAGUCCCCAGUGACUCUUGCAGUAAUAAUAACAUCUCUCUCAUUUCUGAAAAGUUGCCAAGCAGCUGUUCCCCUCUUCAUAUCAAGAGAAGUGUUGUGGAAGCUAUGCAGCGCCAAGCUCGGAAAAUGUGCAAUUACGACAAAAUCUUGGCCACUAAGAAAAACCUGGACCAUGUCAAUAAAAUUUUAAAAGCCAAAAAACUGCAGAGGCAGGCCAGAACAGGGAAUAACUUUGUGAAACGCAGACCAGGUCGACCUCGGAAAUGUCCCCUUCAAGCUGUAGUAUCCAUGCAGGCAUUCCAAGCUGCCCAAUUUGUCAGUCCCGAAUUGAAUGAAGAGGAACGGGAGGCAAUGCACUUACGUCCUGAUACUGUGACAGAUGUCAUUGAGGCUGUUGUUCAGGGCGUUAACCUGAACCCAGAGCAUAAGAAGGGUUUAAAGAGGAAAAGUUGGCUGUUAGAAGAACAGUCCAGGAAAAAACCGAAGCCAUUAUCAGAGGAAGAACAAGAGAACACUAAAAGCUUUAAUGAAGCAGCAAUUGAGACUCCCAGUCCUCCCGAAACCCCAGAAAAGCCUCCUGAACCUGAAAAUACUUUGCAGCCUGUACUCUCUCUCAUCCCAAGGGAAAAGAAGACCCCUCGUCCCCCAAAGAAGAAAUAUCAGAAAGCAGGGCUAUAUUCUGACGUUUACAAAACUACAGACCCAAAGAGCCGAUUGAUCCAGUUAAAGAAGGAGAAGUUGGAAUACACUCCAGGAGAACAUGAAUAUGGAUUAUUCCCCGCCCCCAUUCAUGUUGGAAAAUAUCUGCGGCAAAAGAGAAUUGACUUCCAGCUUCCUUAUGAUAUUCUCUGGCAGUGGAAACACAAUCAGCUGUACAAAAAGCCAGAUGUCCCACUAUAUAAGAAAAUCCGUUCAAAUGUCUAUGUUGAUGUCAAACCCCUUUCCGGUUAUGAAGCUACCACCUGUAACUGUAAGAAGCCAGACGAUGACACUGGGAAGGGCUGUGUGGAUGACUGCCUCAACAGAAUGAUCUUUGCUGAAUGUUCCCCCAACACUUGCCCUUGUGGUGAACAAUGCUGCAACCAGAGGAUACAGAGGCAUGAGUGGGUGCAAUGUCUAGAAAGAUUUCGAGCUGAGGAAAAAGGUUGGGGGAUCAGAACCAAAGAACCCCUAAAAGCUGGGCAGUUCAUCAUUGAAUACUUAGGGGAAGUCGUCAGCGAACAGGAGUUCAGGAACAGGAUGAUUGAACAGUAUCAUAAUCACAGUGACCACUACUGUCUGAACCUGGAUAGCGGGAUGGUAAUUGACAGUUACCGCAUGGGAAAUGAAGCCCGAUUCAUCAAUCACAGCUGUGACCCAAAUUGUGAAAUGCAGAAAUGGUCUGUUAAUGGAGUUUAUCGGAUUGGACUCUAUGCUCUUAAAGACAUGCCAGCUGGAACUGAACUCACUUAUGAUUACAACUUUCAUUCCUUUAAUGUUGAAAAACAGCAACUGUGUAAAUGUGGCUUUGAGAAAUGUCGAGGAAUCAUUGGCGGCAAGAGUCAACGCAUGAAUGGACUCAGCAGCAGCAAAAGCAAUCAGCCCAUGACCACACAUAAAAAACCUGGACGAUCGAAAGAGAAGAGGAAGUCAAAGCACAAACUGAAGAAAAGGAGAGGUCACCUUUCUGAGGAGCCCAGUGAAAACAUCAACACCCCAACAAGGUUGACUCCCCAAAUACAGAUGAAGCCAAUGUCCAAUCGAGAGAGAAACUUUGUAUUAAAGCAUCAUGUAUUCUUAGUCCGAAACUGGGAAAAGAUUCGGCAGAAACAGGAAGAAGUUAAGCACACCAGUGACAACAUGCACUCAGCAUCAUUAUAUUCCCGCUGGAAUGGCAUCUGCCGAGAUGACGGAAACAUCAAGUCUGAUGUCUUCAUGACCCAGUUCUCAGCCCUCCAGACAGCUCGAUCUGUUCGAACCAGAAGAUUGGCAGCUGCAGAGGAAAAUAUUGAAGUAGCUCGGGCAGCCCGGCUAGCCCAGAUCUUCAAAGAGAUCUGUGAUGGUAUCAUCGCCUACAAAGAUUCUUCCCGACAAUCACUAGCGGCUCCACUUUUGAAUCUCCCCCCAAAGAAAAAGAAUGCUGAUUAUUAUGAGAAGAUCUCUGAUCCCCUGGAUCUUAUCACCAUUGAGAAGCAGAUCCUCAUUGGCUAUUAUAAAACAGUGGAAGCUUUUGAUGCUGACAUGCUCAAGGUCUUUAGGAAUGCUGAGAAAUACUAUGGACGUAAAUCCCCAAUUGGGAGAGAUGUUUGCCGCCUACGAAAAGCCUAUUACAAUGCCCGGCAUGAAGCAUCAGCCCAAAUUGAUGAGAUUGUGGGAGAGACAGCAAGUGAAGCAGAUAGCAGUGAGACCUCAGUCUCUGAAAAGGAGAGUGGGCAUGAGAAGGAUGAUGAUGUUAUCCGCUGUAUCUGUGGUCUCUACAAGGAUGAAGGCCUCAUGAUCCAGUGUGACAAGUGCAUGGUGUGGCAGCACUGUGACUGUAUGGGGUUGAAUUCAGACGUAGAGCAUUACCUCUGUGAGCAGUGUGACCCACGGCCUGUGGAUAGGGAAGUACCCAUGAUUCCUCGGCCCCACUAUGCCCAGCCUGGCUGUGUCUACUUCAUCUGUUUGCUGCGAGAUGACUUGCUACUUCGUCAAGGUGACUGUGUGUAUCUGAUGAGAGAUAGUCGGCGCACCCCUGAUGGUCACCCAGUUCGUCAGUCCUACCGACUGUUAUCUCACAUUAACCGAGAUAAACUUGACAUCUUCCGAAUCGAGAAGCUUUGGAAGAAUGAAAAAGAAGAACGCUUUGCCUUUGGUCAUCAUUAUUUCCGUCCCCAUGAAACUCACCACUCUCCUUCCCGUCGGUUCUAUCACAACGAACUCUUCCGUGUGCCCCUGUAUGAGAUCAUUCCCCUGGAGGCUGUAGUGGGGACUUGCUGUGUAUUGGAUCUUUAUACAUACUGUAAAGGGCGACCUAAAGGUGUGAAAGAGCAAGAUGUGUACAUCUGUGACUAUCGGCUAGACAAGUCAGCACACCUGUUUUACAAGAUCCACCGGAACCGUUACCCUGUCUGUACCAAACCCUACGCCUUUGAUCACUUCCCCAAGAAGCUCACUCCCAAAAGGGAUUUCUCACCUCAUUAUGUCCCAGACAACUACAAGAGGAAUGGAGGACGAUCAUCCUGGAAGUCUGAGCGUUCAAAGCCACCUCUGAAAGACCUGGGCCAGGAAGACGACGCUCUGCCCUUGAUUGAGGAGGUCCUGGCCAGUCAGGAGCAAGCAGCCAACGAGAUGCCCAGCUUAGAGGAGCCAGAACCCGAGGGGGGCAUUGCUGAAGUCAAUGAGGGAGAAAAGAAACAAGAGGAAAGUAGUCCCGAAUCUCAGCCAGCCUGCACCCCUGAGGAACGACGGCAUAACCAGCGGGAGCGACUCAACCAGAUCUUGCUCAAUCUCCUUGAGAAAAUCCCUGGGAAGAAUGCCAUCGAUGUGACCUACUUGCUGGAGGAAGGAUCUGGCCGGAAACUGCGAAGGCGUACUUUGUUUAUCCCAGAGAGCAGCUUCCGGAAGUGA